AUGCCUGUUUCAGACUCUCCAGCCGACCUCCCCGCCAAACCCGAUAUCACGGUCAAGGGCCUGGAUUACAAGUUCCAGGAUGGCUCGCUAGGUCUACAAGGCAUCAACCUAGACCUGCCUGCUGGCAGCCGCACGCUUCUCAUUGGGGCCAAUGGCGCCGGCAAGACCACCUUACUCCGGCUGCUGUCUGGGAAAAGGCUUGCUCCGUCCGAGACAAUUCGUAUUGCCGGGGUCGACCCAUUCGCCGCCGGCCUCGAAGGCGUGACCUAUCUAGGGCUGGAAUGGGUCUUAAACCCUAUUGUACGUACUGACAUUGCUGUCCCCAUCCUGUUGGAUUCCGUGGGCGGCAAACACUACUCUGCCCGUCGGGACGAGCUCGUGAAAAUUCUUGAUAUCGAUUUACGCUGGCGAAUGCAUGCGGUCAGUGACGGCGAGAGACGGAGGGUUCAAUUGGCCAUGGGCCUGAUCAAACCAUGGGAUGUACUGCUAUUGGACGAGAUCACAGUCGACUUGGAUCUACUGAGUCGAAGCAAUUUCCUUUACUGGUUGAGGAAUGAGACAGAAACGAGAGGCGCCACCGUCGUCUAUGCCACCCACAUCCUCGACAAUCUCGUUGGCUGGCCCACACAUCUUGCACACAUGCACCUGGGUAAGGUCAAGGAAUGGGGUGCCAUGGCAAAGUACGACGCCGAGACAGACUCUUACAACAACAGUGGCAACAGCAAGUUAGGUGAGCUCGUCUUGAAAUGGUUGAAGGAAGAUUUGGCCGAGCGUGGGCCUAGGAAUAGAUCGGCUGAAGAUAAGACAUAUGAGAAUCUAGAAGGAAAGGGGGGAUACGGCCAAGAGAAACGGGAAUGA